UUUGCAGGCAAUCUGGGCCUGCUUGUGGAGGCCCCCUCUCGCAAAACAUCAGUCUGCAUUUAGAAGACAGAAGUCACUAGGAACGCCUUGACAGGAUCCGGCGUUUAGCUGAGGCUCCCUCCAGCUGCAAAGGGUGUUUUUGUUAGAAUCACACACUGCUUUAAGGAGAACUGCUUAGAAUAGAGCUCGUGACCUCAGCCAGAAAUGUGAACUGAGAUUUUGGAGACGCUAACCGGACAGAUUCGUCUCCUAGCCUGGCUGGAACAGCAUCAUGCCUUGGCGGUAACUACAACUCCUGGUCCAGGUAAUGACAUGGCAGAUCACAUUCUCUUCCUUGACCCAUGAAUUCAAAAUCCUUCCCCAACUUCCAUCCCUUUGAGUGUCAUAUGGAAUGCAUCUCCUUGUCUGCUAUUAAACUAUGAUGACAUGUCUGUAGCUAUCAGAAAGAGGAGCUGGGAAGAGCAUGUGACUCAGCAGACUGAGCAGCCUUUUAAUUCUGAUGAGUAUGACAUAGCAUGUCAUCACGGACUGGCAUCCGACAGCUUGGAGGUAAGGAUGGAAAAAGAUGCAACCUUAAACGUGGACCAUAAAGAGAAGGGUGCCUCUGUGCCAGACCACUGUUGUGGGUCAGAGACAAGAGACUUUCCUGGGAGGCCAAUGGGUCACAUUUCUCAGGAGGUGGAUGAAAGUGACAGUCAGGAAAGGGAAGAGCAGUUUCUAUCGCUAGAGGCCAGCACAGAAACACUAGUGCACAUUUCUGAUGAGGAUACUGAUUCAGACCUACACCUUAUCAAUGACUCACAGAUUUUAACUCCGAAAAGACAUGAAAGAGACAGCCAAGACAGUGUCCAAGGAGCAGGCUCCUUCAUGAGGACACUGUCCACCAUGCAAAAGAGCCAAGAUCCUCAUAACACCUGGAGGAUGGCUAGUGAAGCUAAUAGAUUUCCAGCAGAAGGAGGUGGAGAAAAGAAAGAUGUUGAGGCUGUAGGUAAAAGCCUGGAGCUUUGUAAGAAUACAAGUGCAAGUGAAACAAAAGAUGGGCCCAAAGCAAAUACAUUCCAGCCUUUGAAUGUGGAAGAUGACAUCACUCCUAAGACACUACUGCUUGAUUCUUCAAUACUCAUAAACGAUGUCACACCUGAGACACAACUGCUUGAUUCUUCAAUACGCGUGAAAGACGUCACACCUGAAACACAACUGCUUGAUUCUGCAGUAAUCGCUCAACAACGCAGGAAACCUGACUUCCCUAAAGAUGACCAGGAAAAUAAUCGACACCAUGUAGUAGAAGAAGACUUCUUGGCAGCUCCUAAUGCAGACAGAGGACUGCCAUUAUUAAAAGCAGACUGCGGAAGCUGCCUUUUGCAGCCUCCUUCCUACCCUGGUGGAAUGUCAGCAGAAAAUGACCCGGAGAAGAGUGGGUUCUCAGAAUAUCAAAACAAAAGCACUCUCGAGGUCAGUAGGGAAGAUGGCAUGCAGUGUUUACACUUAAGGGGCCCAGUGACCACCCAGGAGACCAUUGACAAUCAAGUCAGACUGCGCAAGAGGAAGGAAACAAGGGAAGAUCGAGACAGGACACGGCUGGACUCCAUGGUGCUGCUAAUUAUGAAACUGGACCAACUAGACCAAGACAUCGAGAAUGCACUCAGCACUGCCUCCUCUCCAUCCAGCACCCCAACAAACCUGAGACGACAUGUCCCUGAUCUGGAAUCAGGAUCUGAAAGUGGAACAGACAAUAUCACAGUAAAUCAGACACAGGUGAAUCUGUCUUCAGAGUCUACUGAUCCAUCAUCCACUCCUGCGAGUAAUUCUGGAACCAAACCCAAAGCCACGGCUGCUCCAUGUAUUGGAGAAAAGGAAACGGCUGGUGAGUUGACAUUUGGGUUGUGUUUUGUCUCCUACCUGUUUUAGAAUAAAAU